AUGAAUGAAAUUAUUUAUGAUAAAGUACUAGAAAGUGCUGGACGUAGUCAGAUUCUCGUUUUUGUUCAUUCACGUAAAGAAACGGCAAAAACAGCAAAAGCUAUUCGUGAUGCUUGCAUAGAAAGAGAUUCAAUAAGUAAAUUUCUUCGUGAAGGAAGUGCUUCUACAGAAGUUUUGCGCACUGAAGCUGAACAGGCUAAAAAUAUGGAUUUGAAAGAUUUACUCCCUUAUGGUUUUGCUAUUCACCAUGCUGGAAUGAAUAGAUUGGAUAGAUCUUUGGUAGAAGACCUUUUUGCUGAUAAACAUAUUCAGGUUCUUGUUUCAACAGCAACUUUAGCCUGGGGUGUAAAUUUACCAGCACAAACAGUCAUCAUAAAAGGAACACAAGUUUAUAACCCACAAAAAGGUUGUUGGACAGAAAUUGGUCCAUUAGAUAUAAUGCAAAUGAUGGGAAGAGCUGGUCGUCCUCAACACAAUGCUUUGGGAAAAGGAAUUUUGAUAACACAUAAUACUGAACUUCAAUAUUAUUUGUCACUUAUGAAUCAGCAGCUUCCAAUUGAAAGUCAAAUGAUUGCAAAAUUGCCAGAUACAUUAAAUGCUGAAGUUGUUCUUGGAACAGUUACAAAUGUUACGGAGGCAAUGGAAUGGAAAAUGAUAAACUUUUGGAAAAACCUCGUGCUGAUUUGGUCCACACUGCUUGUUUAUUACUUGAUAAAGGAAAUUUGA